AUGAUCUUUUGUUCGUGCAGUAUCGUACCGGAUCAAUGUAGGUUAGCAGCAAAGAACGUAGUGACAUGUGACUGUACUGGGUCGGGAUAUACAGGGGAUUACUGUACCGUUGAUGUAGACGAAUGUGCCAGUUCUUCUUCGAAUAAUUGUGAUGAGAACGCUCAGUGCACAAAUACCAACGGAAGCUUCACGUGUGCAUGUAACACGGGAUAUACCGGCGAUGGUGUAUCAUGCACGGAUAUUGACGAAUGCGAUAACACUCCAUGUGACAGCAACGCGACAUGCGAGAACACCGCUGGAAGUUUCACCUGUACGUGCAACACGGGGUACACUGGUAACGGAUUGCCCGGCAACUGUGGCAAUAUUGACGAAUGCGUAACACUUGAGACAGCCUGUGCUGAAGGAUACGGUUGCGAGGAUAAAAUACCAGGGUAUUGUUGUAAACCUACACCUCCUUAA